ACUGCUUCUGCUUCACUUUUCUAAUCAGCGGAGAGGCUGUGAGCAUUGUGUGUGAGACUCAAGACAAGAAUACCCAUUUGAUAGCUGAAUAGACUCCAUUCUGCACUCAGCUGCUACAUCCUCAGAGCCUGCAGUGCCAGUGUGUCAUCAUGGGGGUGAAAGGCUUCCUCAUAGGCUGCGCGACCAUGGCCCUUCUCCUUGAGCUCUCCACCGCUGGCCUGGUCAAGAAGAUCAUCCGCCACCGUAGAGAGGCUCUGAUGCCUAAGAAAACCCAAGAGAACCUCACCCUCCCCCACCCCGACCAGCCGGUAGUGUUCAACCACGUCUAUAACAUCAACGUCCCCUCCACGUCCCUCUGUUCUGUGGACCUCGACUCGCCCGGAGGCACCGAGCUCAAACACAAGACUGCCCCGAUGGACAUGCAGAACACCGAGCACAUAGAGCACACGGAGGAUGGCGACAAUCAGAUUGUUUUCACACACCGCAUCAGUAUCCCCAAGCAGGCAUGCGGCUGCGACAACCAGAUGCCAGACAUCAAGGAUAUCCUGAACAGGCUGGAGAUGCUGGAGUCAGAGCUGUCUAGUCUGAGAGAACAGUGCAGCAGUGGUGCAGGCUGCUGUGGAGCUCAAAUUACAGGUGAAGUGUCCACAAAGCCUUACUGUAAUGGCCGUGGGAACUGGAGCACUGACACCUGCAGCUGCGUAUGUGAGCCUGGAUGGAAGGGCCCCAACUGCACCGAACCUGAGUGUCCUAACGACUGCCAGGACCAGGGCCGCUGUGUGGAUGGCAAAUGUGAAUGCUUUGAGAGCUUCGGUGGGGAUGACUGCAGUAUUGAGCUCUGCCAGCUGGACUGUGGUGACUACGGGCACUGUAUUGAUGGGUCCUGCCUCUGUGAAGAGGGCUUCAUAGGUGAGGACUGCACCCAGACCAAAUGCCUCAACAACUGCCUGGGCCGUGGACGCUGCGUGGACGAUGAGUGUGUUUGCGAUGAGCCAUGGACCGGCUUUGACUGCUCCGAACUCAUCUGUCCGAACGACUGCUAUGACCGCGGACGCUGCGUCAACGGCACCUGCUACUGUGAAGAGGGCUACACUGGAGAAGACUGCGGUGAGCUCACUUGUCCUGGCAACUGUAACAACCGCGGCAUGUGUGUGAAUGGCCAGUGUGUGUGCCAGACUGGCUACAGCGGAGAGGAUUGCUCGAAGCUCACCUGUCCCAAGAACUGCAAUGAGAGAGGCCAUUGCUUCAACGGGAAGUGCAUUUGUGAUCCAGGAUUUGAGGGUGAAGAUUGCUCCAUCCUGUCGUGCCCCGACAACUGCAGCAACAAGGGCCAGUGCAUUAAUGGAGAAUGUGUAUGCAAUGUAGGAUACCAAGGCGAAGACUGUAGCGAGCUCUCCUGCCCGAACAAUUGCCAAGACCGUGGCCGCUGCAUUGACGGACAGUGCAUAUGCGACAAAGGCUACGCUGGGGAGGACUGCAGCAUCAAGACCUGUCCAAAAGACUGCAUGGGACGUGGCGAGUGUGUGGAUGGCAAGUGCGUGUGCUUUGUCGGCUUCAAGGGCAAAGACUGCGGCGAGCUGACCUGCCCCAAUGACUGCCUGGACCGUGGUCACUGUGUGAACGGACAAUGUGUUUGUCAUAAGGGUUUCGCUGGUGAGGACUGCAGUGAGAAGACAUGUCCCAAGAACUGUCUUAACAGAGGUUACUGCGUUGAUGGCAACUGUGUGUGUUAUGAAGGUUUCACUGGGCCGGACUGCUCCAUACUGACUUGCCCAGGAGACUGCCAGAACCAGGGUCAAUGUGAGAACGGAGUGUGUGUUUGCGAUGAGGGCUUCAUCGGAGAGGACUGCUCUGACGUCUCACCACCUACAGACCUAACAGUGAUGGAGGUCACCCCAGAGACGGUGGACCUGUCCUGGGUGAAUGAGAUGCGUGUGACCGAGUACCUGAUCACCUACGUCCCCACAGCCACUGGAGGUCUGGAGCUGGACAUGAAGGUGCCUGGGGACCUGAAGAUGGCCACUAUUAGGGAGCUUGAGCCUGGUGUGGAGUAUCUGAUCAGCGUCUAUGCUGUGCUCAACAACAAAAAGAGUGUUCCUGUCAGUGCUAGGGUGGCUACACAUCUGCCUGAGCCUGAGGGACUCAAGUUCAAGUCAGUACGGGAGACAUCAGUGGAGGUGCAGUGGGACCCGUUGGACAUUCCUUUCGAUGGCUGGAACCUCAUCUUCAGAAACACAAAAGAGGAGGAUGGUGAGAUUCGUAACCCCCUCAGCCGUCCAGAGACCACCUUUGAGCAGUCGGGCCUGGGCCCUGGCCAGGAGUACGAGGUCAAACUGGUGGUGGUAAAGAACAAUAACCAUGGACCGCCUGCCUCCAAGAACGUCAUCACAAUGAUUGAUGCCCCCAGCACAGUGGACGUGCGUGACGUGACGGACACCACAGCGCUGGUGACCUGGUUCCAGCCCGUGGCUGAGGUGGACGGGGUCAGCGUCUCCUACGGGCCCAGCUCGGACACCGCUGAUCGCAAAGUGGUAGAGCUGUCCUCCACUGACACCCAAUACCACCUGGGAAGCCUCACCCCCGACACCCAGUACGAGGUAUCUCUGAUUGCUCGGAAAGGAGAACGGACCAGUAUUCCUGUCUACCAGUCUUUCCUCACAGACCUGGAUGCCCCCAGAGACCUUCAGAUGGUGGAGCUGACGGACGAGAGCAUCACUCUUGAGUGGAAGAACAGCCAUGCUCAGGUGGACAACUACCGCAUCAAGUAUGGACCUUUGUCUGGAGGCGAGCACGGAGAGCUGCUCUUCCACCCAGGACCCAAGGAUACAACCCAGGCCAAGAUCACCGGCCUGAGACCUGGCACAGAGUACGGGAUGGGUGUGACGGCGGUGAAAGACGAGCGGGAGAGUCUGCCGACAACUACCAAUGCAGUGACUGCCCUGGAUGCUCCCAAGGACCUGACUGUUGCAGAGGUGACAGAGACCACCAUGAUGUUGGAGUGGAAACGCCCCCUGGCCAAACUGGACUCCUUCAGACUGGUUUACGUAUCUGCUGAUGGCCACAGGGCCGAGGACGUGGUCCCAGGCACCUCUGAGUCUCACACCCUGAGGGGCCUUACACCGGGCAUGCUGUACACCAUCAGUAUCACUGCUGAGAGGGGCCGCAGGACCAGUGUACCCACCACCAUCUCAGCACCCACAGAGGAGGAGAAGCCUUUGGUGACCAACGUCACCAUCAGCGACUUAUCGUGGGACAGCUUCCUCCUGUCCUGGUCUGCUGAGGACGGGGUGUUCGAGGCCUUUUUGAUCGAGGUUACUGAUGCGGAGACGGGCGCUGAGUGGCAAAACCACACGGUGCCCGCCGAUGCUCGCAGCCUCACCAUCUCUGGCCUCUUCCCCACCACCUGGUACAGGGCCAAUCUGUACGGGGUGUACAGGGGGGCCGUCUUAGACCCUGUCUAUGCAGACACCAUCACAGAGACCGAACCAGAGGUGCAGGCUGUCCUAGUCUCCGACAUCACCCCUGAGAGCUUUAGGCUGGACUGGAUGGCUGAAGAAGACGCCUUGGACACCUUUGUCAUAAUGGUCAGCCCGGAUGAGAGCCCAGGCCAACCAAGAGAGCUGGUGCUGGGUGGCGAGGAGCGAAGCACAGCCAUUACAGAUCUUACAGAGGACACCAAGUACAAAAUUGAAAUCUUUGGGCUCAUUUUUGGAAGACGCUCCAAGUCUGUAAUCGAGGGGGUGAGAACAGACAUGGGCUCACCCAAGGGCAUCCGCUUCUCUGAUGUCACCGACACGUCCUCUACCGUUCACUGGGUGGUUCCAAGAGCUCGGGUGGACAGCUACAGGGUCACUUAUGUGCCUGCUCAUGGAGGUAAUGCUAAGACGCUGACAGUGGACGGCUCCGAGUCUCAAACUGUGCUGCCCAACCUGACCCCUGGGGUCACCUAUGAGGUCACUGUUAUUGCUGUCAAGGGCCAAAGGGAGAGUGAGCCUGGAUCAGACAGCGUCACCACAGCUCUGGAUAAGCCCCGUGGACUCACGGCAGUUAACAUUACAGACACUGAAGCUCUGCUGCUCUGGCAGCCCGCCAUUGCUACUGUGGACGGCUAUGUCAUCACCUACAGUGCAGACUCAGUGGCCCCAGUGAUGGAACGUGUGUCAGGAAACGUGGUGGAGUUUGAGAUGAGCUCUUUGACGCCGGCAACACAUUACACUGUGAAGGUCUAUGCUGUGAGGGACUUGGCUAAGAGUGCAGCCACUACAACUGAGUUUACCACUGAUGUGGACGCUCCUCAGGACCUGGCAGCCAGUAACAUCCAGACAGAGAACGGCAUGCUGACUUGGAAGCCGCCUCGCGCUGACAUCACUGGAUACAUCCUCAGCUUCGAGUCUGCAGACGGCACCGUCCGGGAGGUGGUCCUCAGUCCCACUGCUGUCUCCUAUAACAUGGCUCAGCUCAGCGCCUCCACGGAGUAUUCAGUCAAGCUGCAGGCCAUUGCUGGUCCUAAGAGAAGCAGAGUCAUCACCACUGUCUUCACCACCACUGGUGUGCUGUACAGAUACCCCAAGGACUGCUCCCAAGCCUUAUUGAAUGGCGACACCUCAUCAGACCUGUACACCAUCUAUCUGGGCGGAGAUGAGAGCCAGCCAAUCCAGGUCUACUGUGACAUGAGCACUGAUGGAGGCGGAUGGAUUGUUUUCCUCAGACGCCAGAGUGGUAGACUGGAGUUUUUCCGCAACUGGAAGAAUUACACAGCUGGCUUCGGUGACAUGAAUGAUGAAUUCUGGCUGGGUCUUUCCAACUUGCAUAAGAUCACAGCUGGAGGUCAAUACGAGCUGCGAGUUGACCUGAGAGAUAAGGGAGAAACAGCCUAUGCUCAGUAUGACAAGUUUUCUGUUUCUGAACCUCGGACUCGCUACAAAGUCCAUGUAGGAGGAUACAGUGGAACAGCAGGCGACUCAAUGACCUACCACCAUGGCCGUCCGUUCUCCACUUAUGACCAUGACAACGACAUCGCUGUCACCAACUGUGCCCUGUCCUAUAAGGGAGCCUUCUGGUAUAAAAACUGCCACCGUGUGAAUCUCAUGGGUCGAUAUGGAGAUAACAGUCAUAGCAAGGGUGUGAACUGGUUCCACUGGAAAGGUCACGAGCACUCAAUCGAGUUUGCCGAGAUGAAGAUUAGGCCAUCCAAUUUCAGAAACCUAGAGGGAAGGAGGAAACGAUCAUAAAUGAUCCACCACCACCACCACCACCAACAACAAUAACAACAACAACAACACUGCUACAACUCUGUCUGGACUCCCCAUAAACCACCUCGACCCCUACACCCACACACCCUGCAGCGACCAAAGCCACUGCCAAGAGCCCCGCUGCCUCCACACAAAACCAACACACCUUCCCUCCUCCCAUUUGCUCACAGAUCAGCCUCAACUCCAUAGCCCCCUUUCCCUGUGAUAUGGUUGUAGAGAUGCUGCCAGUGCGGAAAUUGAUGUGCAUGUUACAAACUGGACUCUAACAACUGGAUUCUACUCACGCACCAAAGAGAGCAAAAACAAACCCAUCUCACUUGAUUCUGAUCCUUUCUCUUGUGUUGCAGCAUUUGUGGGGAGGCAAGUGUGCAGCUUGGGCAUUAUGUUGUGUACAGUAAUUAAUACAGUUUCCUAUUUCACAUCCAAGCCACGUUUGGGGUUUUACAGAACAGACAGGCUGAUCAUAGUACAAUAUGGUCUUGUUUAGGUUCAGGGCCUCUUUGCAAAAACUGACAAUACAGUGAUAAUUCAACUGGAUUGUCAUAGAAAUUCUAUUUCUUGUACAAUACUGUACAUGUAUACAUCUGAUUUAAACAUAUGAAUAGGAAUAUUCCUCAGAUGGCACUGCUCAGAUGUCAGAUAUCUCCAUCUAACCUGCCAUUUGUUUGUCUUUGUGCAACUUAACUCGUGUCAGUGUCACUUUAUCCUCCCCAGGUUCCCUUAUAUCCCGCCACGCAAGCCAACAUCUGAUGUGAUAAAGAUGGAAAUGAAAACAGAAAAAAAAAUUGUAUGGAAAAGUAUUUUACCCACCACAUCCCAUGUCCAUGUGGAUGGCAAUGUUUCCAUUCAUUAUGUGAGCCCCUAAAGGCAUCAUGCUACAGCCACAGUAUUGUGUUUUAAAAGCUAAAAAGAGAGAAAAGAAAAGCUGAUGUGUUUUUAUUUGUUUUGUUUCUCUUAAGAAUCCGAGGCAGGACCUGUUAUUCAGUAUAUAAUGAAAUGCGGUGAUUUUUUUUCUUUGUUUUUGCAAAAUGUGAAUACAGUACAUAUAUGUGGAACAAGAGAAUGUUAUGUGUUGUUGACACAAAAGAUGUUGAUGCUCAAAACAUAAAAAAAGGUCAAUUCCAAUUGAAUUCUAUUUGACAUAGUAAGGUCUCUAUGCUUAUGUUAAUAACAGGCCAAAUUUAGUUAAACUAGUUACUGUUUCUACCCUCCCAACCCCUAAACACCCAUCACCUGCUACAGCAGCAUACUAAACCACUGACCUUUUAAAGAAUGCCUGUGUAAAUUAAGUUUGUUUUUAUUGUUUUGUUUGUUUAUAACUGGGUGACAGGUGUUUCUCUGUAAACUGUAUUACAAUAAAACAGUUUGUUUAAAGG